ACCGGCGGCUCCGCCGCCGCCGGCGCCACCGCCCACUCGGGGCUGGCCAGCUGCAGGCCGCCGGGGCUCAGAGUAGGGCCGGGCUGGGCGAGCGCACGGCCAUGGCCCCGUGGCUGCAGCUCUGUUCCGUCUUCUUCACGGUCAACGCCUGCCUCAACGGCUCGCAGCUGGCCGUGGCCGCGGGUGGCUCCAGCAGAGCGCGGGGCGCGGACACCUGCGGCUGGAGGGGAGUGGGGCCGGCCAGCAGGAGCAGCGGGCUGCACAACAUCACCUUUAGAUAUGACAACUGCACCGCUUACUUGAAUCUAGUGGGGAAGCACGUGGUUGCCGAUGCCCAGAACAUCACCAUCAGUCAGUACGCUUGCCACGACCGAGUGGCAGUUACCAUUCUUUGGUCCCCAGGGGCCCUUGGCAUCGAAUUCCUAAAAGGAUUUCGGGUAAUACUGGAGGAGCUAAAGUCGGAGGGCAGACAGUGCCAACAGCUAAUUCUAAAGGACCCAAAGCAGCUCAACAGUAGCUUCAAAAGAACUGGAAUGGAAUCUCAGCCUUUCCUGAAUAUGAAAUUUGAAACGGAUUACUUUGUAAAGAUUGUCCCUUUUCCUUCCAUUAAAAACGAGAGCAAUUAUCACCCUUUCUUCUUCAGAACCCGCGCCUGCGAUCUGUUGUUACAGCCGGACAACCUGGCCUGUAAACCCUUCUGGAAGCCUCGGAACCUGAACGUCACUCAGCAUGGCUCGGACAUGCAGGUGUCCUUCGACCAUGCGCCGCACACCUUUGGCUUUCGUUUCUUCUAUCUUCAUUACAAGCUCAAGCACGAAGGACCCUUCAAGCGAAAGACCUGUAAACAGGAGCAAAAUAUGGAGACAACCAGCUGCCUCCUUCAAAAUGUUUCUCCAGGGGAUUAUAUAAUCGAGCUGGUGGAUGACACGAAUACAACGAGAAAAGUGAUGCAUUAUGCCUUAAAGCCAGUGCAUUCCCCGUGGGCUGGGCCCAUCAGAGCUGUGGCCAUCACCGUGCCGCUGGUUGUCGUAUCGGCCUUCGCGACGCUCUUCACUGUAAUGUGCCGCAAGAAGCAACAAGAAAAUAUAUAUUCACAUUUAGAUGAAGAGAGCUCUGAGUCUUCCACCUACACCACAGCACUGCCCAGAGAGAGGCUGCGGCCACGGCCGAAGGUCUUCCUCUGCUAUUCCAGUAAAGAUGGCCAGAAUCACAUGAACGUCGUCCAGUGUUUUGCCUACUUCCUCCAGGACUUCUGCGGCUGUGAGGUGGCUCUGGACCUGUGGGAAGACUUCAGUCUCUGCAGAGAAGGGCAGAGAGAAUGGGUCAUCCAGAAGAUCCAGGAGUCCCAGUUCAUCAUCGUGGUGUGUUCCAAAGGCAUGAAGUACUUUGUGGACAAGAAGAACUACAAGCACAAAGGCGGCAGCCGCGGCUCGGGGAAGGGGGAGCUCUUCCUGGUGGCCGUGGCAGCCAUUGCCGAAAAGCUCCGCCAGGCCAAGCAGAGCUCGUCAGCGGCGCUCAGCAAGUUCAUUGCCGUCUACUUCGACUAUUCCUGCGAGGGGGACGUUCCCGGCGUGCUGGACCUGAGCACGAAGUACAAACUCAUGGACAACCUGCCCCAGCUCUGUUCGCACCUGCACUCCCACGACCGCGGCCUCCAGGAGUCGGCGCAGUACCCCGGGCGCGUCAGCAGGAGAAACUACUUCCGAAGCAAAUCGGGCCGGUCCCUUUACGUUGCCAUUUGCAACAUGCACCAGUUUAUCGACGACGAGCCCGACUGGUUUGAGAAGCAGUUCGUUCCCUUCCAUCCUCCUCCACUCCGCUCCCGGGAGCCAGUGCUGGAGAAGUUUGACUCCGGCUUGGUUUUAAACGACGUCCUGUGCAAACCAGGAGCUGAGAGCGACUUCUGCCUCAAGGCCGAGGCGGCCAUCCCCGGGGCGCCUGCCGACCUGCCCUCGGAAGGUCAGCAGUUGGGCCUGGACCAGGACGCCGAGGCUGGGCCUGGGCCUGGGGGCAGCUCGGCCAUGCAGCCUUUGCUGCACACGGUGAAAGCCGUCGGCCCCUCGGACAUGCCGCGGGACUCGGGCAUCUACGACUCCUCCGUGCCCUCCUCCGAGCUGUCCCUGCCCCUGAUGGAAGGGCUCUCCAUGGACCAAACGGAAACGUCUUCGCUGACGGAGAGCAUGUCAUCCUCCUCAGGCCUGGGUGAGGAGGACCCUCCUGCCCUUCCUUCCAAGCUCCUCGCCUCCGGGGCGUGCAAAGCAGAACCUGGUUGCUGCAGCUACACUGGUGAACUCCACGCGGUCGCCCCUUUGUAACGAAAUGGAAGAGUCUAAGCAUUGCCACUUUAGCUGCCGCCUCUCUGGUUCCCCAGCUCAUCUCUCUGGCUGCGUGGCCCACUUGGAGCUGAGGUCUCCUACAAGGAUAUUUGGAGUGAAAUUUGGGCCAGUACUCUCUCUCCUUGCCCCUACACUCUACCAGAUAUCUUGGCAAAGUCUCCAACUUUCUGUAACCAUAUGGAGCUCUGAGAGGCAUGUCCGUAAGGUCUGACAACAGCUUGUCACAUUAGGUCAGACCUUGGAUUAGAGCCAGUUCUGGGAUGUAGGGAGGAAAUAUGUAAAGAGAAACAGGAAAGUACUCACACUGCUCGUUCAGACUUAGUUUGUCUGCACAAACCUUGCCUAUUCGCUGUUGGCUACUUUGAUUGGAAAUGCUUCGUGGGAAAAGCACUUUUGAUGCUGUUACAGCGACAGAAGUCAAGUGCCAGUCUAUCUGGAAUGUAUGUCGUUACAGAUGAUGUUCCUGUCCAUUUUUGGUGUGGAACUUACGAUGCCAUGGGUAUUGAAAAAGCUCUGAGUCAGAGGUCAAGGAGGUGGCUGACUACGGUCGCCUUCAUAAAACGAGCCUUUGUGUGUUAGUAGGCGUCAUGCCUGGCUGAGGUGGGGGCUGUGGGGCCAAGCUGACCAUCUAGACCAUUCUUUCUGAGAUGGGUUGUCAUUGUGUAGGAGGCACCAGAGCUCAGCACCCAAGGCCACCUCUUGGUCUGAGUAGGCAUCAUGCAAGGGCCAGAGCUGCCUGCCGAGGCUCCCUGGGUUACAUUUACUGUGCUGUAUCUCAGAUGCUCAUGUCUGGAAGUUUAUUUUUAAGAGACUGAUCCCGACUGGGCUGCGUUGCUGGAUGUUGCAGUUCGUACUUCGGUUGGCUUCUGGUGUAAAGCUACGUCUGGAAUAUUAGGGAUCAGGAUCCACUGAAACACGGUGGCCUGGAGGUAGUGGCCAGUUAAUCUGCUGAACUGCUUUUGACUAAUGACAAACCUCUUUUUAAGAAGGUGAAAAGGAGGGGACUGUCACAAAGGAUGAAUGUGCUCUUCGAGUGUCAUCUAAAGAAGACAUGGGCCCUGAAAUCAUUAAAUUCUCGAAUCUUAAAGCACUCCCCCCACAACCCAGCCUGUGCAUCAUGUUUUUGAGUUUCUGUGGUGGUACUUACCCAAUGAAAGAUUUGUCUCUUGUGCUCUAUCCUACCAAAAAUAGGUAUUUAGAAUUUAGGAGGAAAGAAUUGGGUUUAAAAAGGAAAAGUAAGUGUUCUCUUUUUAUCAAUGACUUCUCUAUAGAGUUUCUGUUUCCAGAGGGAAAACAAUUGUUCCCUUCUCCUCCUCAUGCCCUUGAAGGGGUGUGAGUAUCUUUUUCCACCAUUUUCACAGGUGCUCUUAGAUUUUGGCACCCUCUUUUCUCAGCACUCACACCAGGGACUGGUUUUCACUCCUUCAGCAAAUAGGACCAAUAUUAAGGGGGACACUGAGAAACAUCCCAAGACAGGGUGAGAGGUGCGAUGGGGCAAGACUUUUCCUUCCCAGCACAAGUUUGGAGGGUGGGGAAGGGAAAGUUUGCACCCUUAUCGGAAAAAAGAGGUUUGUGUGUAUUUUUGAUGCAAAUGCCAUACUCCCUGCUCUGUAAAGGCAGCUGCUAGCUUCUCGGGAGAGGAACGUGUUCGUCUGUUCUCUGGCAUCAGGUUUCCUGCAGCUGCUCUGAGGGAGAGACAAGUGAGCUGCAGAACUGUCUCCCCCAUGAAGCCAGGCAUCUUGAUGGAGAAGAGACAUUCCGUGUUGUCACCGUGGAAUUCAGGAUGAGCACAGAGCUCCUGCCGCAAGAGACUGUCCUGCUGCUCCAUCGUCACCAUCCGUUCUUUGGAGGAGAUCGGUCUGUCCAAACUUGCUAACAUAUGAAAAUUCACUUUGGAGCAUUUUUAGAGAGAUUUCUUAUUGAAGCCAGGAAAUGGUGCGUGCCCCUAAAGGAACCAGGAGGAGCUGUUUUUAGGAUACAUAUUCAGCUUUGCAGUGAAAUGAGGCAUCUCUGAGAAAGUGGCCCCAGGGAGAGCAUGGAGGCCUGGAAGGGAAACGUCAACUGGGCGCCAGGAGCAUGGGCCGAGAGCUUGCUAAAUGGACUCAUUUAUUAUGCAAAUGGAAGGGGAAAGUGUGCUAGUCCAAGAAUCAGGUGAUGUUUUAGUUUGGAUUUAGGGUUUGGGUACUUAUUUUGAAAUACUAAUGUUGGUGAUAUACAACAAAAUCAGUCUCUGUUGUGCCAAGUAAUGAAACCACAGCGUGAAUGCCUGGUUCAGAAUAAGCUGAAAGGUCUGACUUGAUGAUUUUGCCUUAUUAGUUUUACUUUUUGUUUUUUACCCUUCCCAGCUCAUGCUGGGAAUGGAAAUGGUUGCCUUGUAGAUUAAGGCAAAACAUCUGAUUUAAGCAGAGCUGCGUCUUUUGGCUCACACAUUGUCUCCGACAGUGGAAAUGGUAAGACAGAAUUCAGAUAAAGGUUCUGCCAAGUUGCAGGCUUUUAGACAUUGGGGAUACAAGAAUUACGAUAAAGGAUAGUCUCAAUGAAAAGCCUUGAUCCUGAGAGUAAAAGGCUUGUGGGGCUAAGUUAGAUGGUGUCCUUUGGACGGGAGACCAGAGGUAAGUCCAGGGUUCCAGGGAACCAAGAAGCCUGAAGUUAGUUGAAAGUAGGGGUCUAGUUGUUUAUCUUAACUCACCAACACCCUCCAGAAGGGACUUAGCAUCUGAGAUGGUCAGCUUUGCUAGGAGAGUGGUCAGGGAGAUGAAAGCCCAGUUAAGGUGUGUUCUUCUCUCAGAGGUUGGCUCCAAGCCAAAGGGACCACCUGCAUGGACCCAGCCCAGCCACACAGGGGGCAGAAGCUCCUCUAGAGGUCCGCGUCCUGGGCCUUUGAGGCACACUCUUCUCCAGAAAGAAUCAGAAGUCAUUCGGGUCCAGGUCCAGGUGUUCAUGUGCAUGACCAAGCCAGGUAAUAGUAUUUUGAGCCAAAAAUAAGAAGGGGCCAUAAAGUUAUGAGACAGUUUUUGGUUGACACAUUAGCAAUAAUUGAAGAUAGUCCCAGAUCAGAAGAUCAGAAAAAUGUCUUUAGCAAUGGUGACAUGUGUGUUUGUUUGUCAAAGUUGGGUCUUGCUACUUCGUAGCCACAAGUGUCUUUUUUUAAUUUUUUACCCCUAGUCUCAGAUUCCCCCUCUUAAGCACAAAUAAAGAGGAAACUAUCCCUCCAAACUUGGGGUUGUGUGAUUUUCAGAAGUUUUCCUUUUUUCAGAGUUGAGCAUCUUUUCCUUUAAAAGAAGCAAAGGAAGAAAAAAAGCUGUUUUAUUCCUGGAGAAGAAAUGGCACACCCUCCUCCCCAAAGAGAGAAAACCUGCAGUCCCCAACCACCUCAACACUAAGUUGGCUCUCUUAAGGAGAGAAGAAUUACUCUUGUGUCUUUAUUGGAGAGAGGUGGACAAUGCCAAGGUGGAGGUUCUUAGGUUUUUCUGUUUUAUUUUGGUGAAGACUACUGCUCUUAUUUAACAGAUGUUAUGCCUUCAGGGGGCACCAGUGGAGCAGGCCAGGUGUAAUGAUAAAUAAGGUGUGAAGAUAAAUGGCAAUGGUAUGCCUUCUCAGUGUCAUGGAGCAGUAGGGCAUGGUGGGGACUGUGGCAAACUGAAGCGCUCCUGUCCCACCUAUAGAGGGCAGCCAUUCCAGCCAGUUGUGGCCAUGCAGUGUUUCCUGAUGUUCCCAUUUUUCAAGGGAAGCUGAGAAUCUGGAGUUUUAUGUGCAAAAUUCUGAUUUUUUUUUUAGUAUUAGUAACUAAAUUUUUUUAAAUGUCUAUUACAGAAAAAUUGUUUACAACAGAACACAUGGGUGGACCUGAUUUGGUUCACCAGCUGCUGGUUUGCCAUCUCCGCUUUAUAAUAUUUGAAAUAAAAGGCAUCCACGCUAAUGACCAAAUGCAGCCAGUGGUGGGAUUGCUUCUUUCCCUCUUGCUCCCCGAAAGAAAUUUGAUAUGAUUCUGAAUGUAUUUGAAAUGUUUUGAUUGCUUCUACAUUUAAUGGGGUCUUAAGAGAAAGGCAAGCCAGUUUUUAAUUUUAAAACCAGAUUUAUGUUCUCUCAAUUUAAAAAAUAGGACACUUGGAACAAUUUGAUUUAAACUCCGCAACCUGAAGGACACUGUGUAUGGUUUCAGCUCCUGGCGUCGUCACUGUUUCAGAUGAUGUGCAGUGUUCUGAGCUCAGGCCUGGACUUAAUAAGGAAAGCAGGCAUUGUGGGGAGGAUGGCAAGGCUGCCCGAGUGUCCACUCGAGCUGGGUAUUUGCCUUGUCUUGUGUUUUAAACGAUCUGUGAAUCGACUCUGUUCUGGAGGUGUGAAAUGUGCACGGAGAAAAGCUCUUCUCGAUAUCGAAGUAUCAGAUAGGAGUCCACAUGGGGUGUCAGGUCAUCCUUGCUGUAUCACCACCUUUCCAGGCUCAGGGUGAAAAUAAACAAAAGGAAGUCUGCCUGUAAGCCAAUAGCUUUGAUUCCAAUUUCAGAGUUUUGGGGGUGGGAGAAAGUUUGGAUUAUCUGGCGUGUUCGCCUCAGUGUCAGACAGGGCCGCGCCUGAAUUAUUUCAGACAUCUGGCUGUGGGUGGGAUUCUGGAUUUUCAGCGAAGGAGAUUCUGUAACCUGCCCUGCUGAUCAGAUAGUUCUUUGUAUGUCUUCCUUAUACAAAUUCAAACCAGGCUUCUUUUGUUCAGUGUGUGGUGGAAAAAGAACAGCUGGUCACCUUCCUUGUAUUUGAAAACCACAGUGAAGUCAUCCCACUGGUGUUCUUAUUUCAGUGAUAAAUAACCCCACCUACUUCAACCAUGCUUCAUAGCUCUCGUUUUCCAAGGGCUUAAUAAUUUUCACUGCUGUUCUGUUUCUCAGCUUCAAACUCAGUUGAGUCGCCCAAAUAGAAUGUAGUGCCUUAUUCACAUGAGUGCCUUGUGAAGGCCAAGCUCAGGAUGGGGAUUACAGGGAAAUUCUUAUGUGCCCAGCUUCUUUUACUACUUAAAAAUAUAAUGGCACUUUUAUAAAAUGGUAUAUCCCCUGUAUUCAUUUUGAGGAUUAUUUGUCACGCAUUUGGGGUUUUUUUCUUGGCAAUAGUCUUCUAUCAGAUGUGUCGUUUUCCCCUCUUUUGGUCAAAUACUUGGUGCUUAUUCCUGAUGUGUUUAAUGACAUUCCUGAGCUUCUUCAAGAUACUCUUCAAGACCAGCUUUUACCUUCUGAGUGGCAGCUACCCCUCCCUCCCAGUUUUGGAUUCUAUUUUUAUAUAUGUCUAGACAUCAGCCUUAAUUCAUGAUGCACAAUAUUGUUAAAUGGUGCAGAUUUCAGUUUAACCACUGUCGAGAUAGAUAGCAGUUGCUAAGGACUAAUUUGUAAAGAGACUGAGUGAGGACCUCUUGGGAAUUUUGAUCAGUCGUCUUCCCUCCUGAACUUUGGUUCCUCUCCAAAAUUCAUCUGGGACCACAGACUCCUCAAGGAGCUUUCCAUGUUCUGAAGGGCUGGAGUCAUGUCUCUGAAUUGACCAAGCACUGUGUGUUGCGCAGUUGGGAGUCUGACAAAAGCAAACCGUUAUGACUGCAUAUGGUACGUUUAUAUCAAAUAAAAUUCCGGUCAAGAAGAUUCGAAGACGCGAUCUUCUAUUUGUACGUAACGUAGACAAAGUUGGCUGCUCCAUUUGUUACAUAAAAUAAUUACCAUUGGAUUAUGCUAAUGUGUAAUCGUCUGUUACUUUUAAAAGUUUUUUUCUGUCUCAAGGAAAAACCGUAGUGAGUCUGGACAGAGCAAAAACUUUUGUAAAAACCAAAUGUGUUCAUUUAGAGAGUAGAUAACUUCUAUUUUCACCAUUAGGUUUUCCUUUUUUUUUUCACUACAGAAGCUCCCUGUCACUACGUUCUAGGGGGGAAAGCCUGUGGAACACGGUGGUGGUUGCCGCUGUUUCCUCUUUAGGUUUGUCCUUUGUGGGGUCUGGUGGAAGAGUGAGCACUGACAGACUGUAGCAGGGUUCUGUAUUUGUACAUUGAAAACAUUAACAUCUUAUUUGAUUUGUACAUAACUGUAAAUAGGUGACAGUAGAUCACAACUGACAUUUGCAAAAGGUUGUUUUUGUACCUUAGA